CAGGAACAGAGAAAUGAGUGCCUUGGUUUCUAUUAUUUGGGCUGAGGCUGGAGGAAGGCCAUAGUCCCCUCUGACUGAGACUCGCCUGUUCCCUGUGCCCUGUCCUCUCCGUUCUCCAGCAUGGUGUGCCUGUGGUUCCCCGGCGGCUCCUGGACAGCAGCUCUAACUGUGAUACUGAUGGGGCUGAGCCCUCCCAUGGCCUGGGCCAGGGACACGCCACCACAUUUCUUGAAGCAGUUUAAGCCAGAGUGUCAUUUCACCAACGGGACGCAGCGGGUGUGGUACGUGCAGAGACAUAUCUACAACGGGGAGGAGGUCGUGCGCUUCGACAGCGACGUGGGGGAGUUCCGCGCGGUGACCGAGCUGGGGCGGCCGGACGCCGAGUACUGGAACAGCCAGAAGGACGUCCUGGAGCAGUACCGGGGGUCGGUGGACAGGUUCUGCAGACACAACUACGAGGUGUCUGAUAACUUCUUGGUGCAUCGGCGAGCUGAGCCUACAGUGACUGUGUAUCCUGCAAAGACCCAGCGCCUGCAGCACCACAACCUCCUGGUCUGCUCCGUGAAUGGUUUCUAUCCAGGCAACAUUGAAGUCCGCUGGUGGCGGAAUGGCCAGGAAGAGGAGGCUGGGAUCGUCUCCACGGGCCUGAUCCGUAAUGGAGACUGGACCUUCCAGACGCUGGUGAUGCUGGAAACCGUUCCUCAGCGUGGAGAGGUCUACACCUGCCAAGUGCAGCACCCAAGCCUGACGAGCCCCAUCACAGUGGAAUGGAGGGCACAGCCUGAAUCUGCACAGAGCAAGAUGCUGAGUGGUGUCGGGGGCUUCGUGCUGGGUCUGCUCUUCCUCGGGGCGGGGCUGUUCGUCUACUUCAGGAAUCAGAAAGGACACUCUGGUCUUCAACCAACAGGACUCCUGAGCUGAAGUGAAGGAGGGCACACUCAGAGAAGAGCCUUCUGGCCCAGCUUCUUCGCAGCAUGAAAAGGUUUCCUGCUUGACUCUGAUUCCACGAAGAGAGAGCUUCCUCAGGAUCUGGUUUGCUCCUGGUUCAGUGACUCUGCAGAACACGUGUCCCCUCUCAGCUCCCUCAAUCCCCACCCACGACCUGGAAGUCCCCAGUACUGAUUGCAAUACCUUCUCCUCAUUCAUUCCUGGUCCCCUUUGUAUUCAGCCUCACUGUCCCCUGUGCAUCCGAUCUCACCUUCCGCGCACAUUACUUUACAGCAUUUUUCUUAAAUAAAAAUGGAGUGAAAAUCA